GCCUGCAUAAAAAUGUAACAUUAUUUUACAGAACCAAACAGAGACAUUGUUUCUUCGUUUAGUUUUCAAAUUCUAGUGCAUUAGGCCGGCAAGGCUUGAGAGACAGAGAUCAUCGUCUCUCAACACAUGUUUUACUAUUAUUUUUUAUUUUUUAUUUUUAUUUUUUUGAUUGAAAGCAGAGGAAGAAAAAGGGUGGCAAUGGAAGGAGAAGCCAGAAGUGGUGGAGGAGCUCGAGGAUGUGAAGUGAGACGUAUUCAUAUUAUCUACUUCCUGACUCAUAUGGGUCGGUUCGAGCAUCCACAUCUCCUUCGUCUUCACCACCUCCACCGCAAUGGCGUCUACCUUCGAGAUGUCAAGAGAUGGCUUGCGGAUUUGAGAGGACAAGACAUGCCAAAAGCAUUUUCUUGGUCUUACAAGAGGAGAUACAAGAGUGGCUAUGUGUGGCAAGAUUUAGUAGAUGAUGAUCUCAUUACCCCAAUCAGUGACAAUGAAUAUGUUCUCAAAGGAUCUCAAAUCAUUGUCCCCAACACUAAUCUCCCUUCUCUUUUUGAUCCCAAGAGAAAAUCAAUGUCAAAAGCAGAUGAAGUUGAUGUGAUGCAGCCACAGCAGACUUCACCAGUAGAAGAAACCGAAAAACCGGGCGAUACUAGAACUGGUUCAUUCACUGCAACUCCUGAAAUUUAUCAAGAAUCACAGGUAUUUGGCUCUGAUAGGUCAACCCUGACGGAGGAUUCAACGAGGCCUGCAAUGGAUUCUCCUGAACGGGGCGACAAGAAUCUCUCCUCGUCCUCUUUCUAUGCCAGCCUGUUGAGCAAGAAGACCAAGAAAAACGGCAACAACAGCUAUAAAAACUAUGACAGCAUGAGCCAAAACACACCAUUCUUGCAGGAGCCACCGGUCAGAAAGAGUACUAAGACUAAUUCAAUGGGAGCUUCUAAUAUGUUUCGAAAUCUCAUUACUUGUGGUAGUGCUGAUACUAAUGAUGCUGUAUUCGUGUCUAUUAAUCGAGACAAUAAAGCAUCCUCCGAUCAGCCUACCGCGGAAAACAACAACAAUAGCAGCAAUAAGAGCUGGAAUCAGCAGAAACAAAAGAGUUCCCGGAGAAGUUUUGAGUCGAAGAAGCAGCAGAAGGAGAAUGGAUUCAGUGACCCAAAAGUGGUUCCUGCUGCCUAUAAGCCGGUGGGCAGACCGACUUGCUCGCAAUGCGGGAAAAUAUUCAAGCCAGAGAAAAUGUACUCGCACAUGAAGUCGUGCAGUGGAAUGAAAGCAAUGGCAAAGACAACACCUAGAGUAUCGAUAGAAAAGAAAACACAACUGCGGAGACAAGAUGAAUCCUUGUAUGAAGAAAGCAACAAGGGAUAUUUUCUGACCAACUGAAAGAUCUUUCAGUAGAUUUAUAGUUGUUUUUCUGUAUUAACCCCAGGAAAAAGUUCUUGGUAUUUCACAUUUCAGACCAGCAGAAAGCACAUUAGAUGAAUAUGAAUAAUCAAUUAGUACCCCAGUUGCAGUAAGAAUUCCCAAUAAGAAAGGCAA